GUGAGAGCCCGGCGGAGAGCUGCGGAGCUGAAAUGAAGCGCACACGCGGAGCGGCUCAGGAAGAGAGGAAGAGGCUCCGCGCCGCCAAAGCUGAAGGCUGCUCCGGCUGAAUGAAGGGCGCCGUCCAUGCGGAGGCUCGCGCUCAUUCUGCUCCCCUGUGCUGUCGCCGUCCUGGUGCACUUGUGGUUGGCACACCGACCCUCCUCCACGCCGCCGGACAACAACACACACUCGGAUGAAUCGUUACCUUUCUAUGAAGUUUUGGUGGGAGUGUUGUCAGCGAGACACCAUUAUGAACUGCGACAAGCGAUAAGGGAGACCUGGCUGGGCUACCUCCGAGACCACCCGCUCUUCCAGCACAGAGUGGGGGUGAAGUUCAUCAUGGGCAAACAUGGGUGUCCCAUUCCAGAGGAGGACAGAGAGGAUCUCUACUCCUGCUCCCUCCUCAACUUCACGGAGCCAGUAGCCGGCCAGGAUGCGGAGAUAGAGAUCGUGAGGGUGUCUGACCCCUCGAUGCUCGCCCCCUCCGACGCGUCGGCCAUCGCCCUGGACUUCAAGGUCCUCCACCCAGUGGUGAUCACCAAGCUCGGGGUGUUUCCCAGCGGGACCCAGUCGGAGCCUCAGAGCAAUGUGACGGUGAAGCUUCUCCAGCUGGACCAGGAGGGGGCAGUGGUCACUGCUCGCUUCAGUGCCAUCAGCACAGGGACCCUGGUGAGCGGACUGUGGUAUAAGCCAGUGGAGCAGUUCAUCCUGCCGAAGGGCUUUGAGGGGACGCUGGUUUGGGAGAAUAUGGCCUCUGCUGGAUUGACAACAGUCAACUCCUCUGUGCAGCUCAAUGAUGGAGGAGGUGUCCUCAAGAUCUCAUCUAUCACUGAAGGCAUAUUGCCUCAUAGAAGUGCGCUUGGAUUUCCUGGUUUGGCUGGAGGGUUCACAUUCACUAUCUAUGAUGAAGACGGUCUGUCGGGGCUCCUGCGGGGCCGCCCGGCCAGGAUGGAGCGCCAUGCCUCCAGGCUGAGGCAGGAGGACGCCGCCUUGCAGCAGGAGAGCCUCAGGCACGGCGACAUGGUGUUCGUAGACGUGGUUGACACCUACAGGAACGUGCCUUCCAAACUGCUUCAGUUCUAUAAAUGGUCUGUGGGAAACAUGGACUUCAAUUUGCUGCUAAAGACGGAUGACGAUUGUUACAUCGACGUGGACUCUGUAUUAAUGAAGAUCGACCAUAAGGGUCUCAAGCGCAGCAACUUCUGGUGGGGGAAUUUCAGGCAGAGCUGGGCAGUGGACCGCAUUGGGAAGUGGCAGGAGCUGGAGUACGCUAGCCCAGCAUACCCGGCGUUCGCCUGCGGCUCGGGCUACGUGGUCUCUCGGGACCUGGUCCAGUGGCUCGCCAGUAACGCCGAUCAACUGAAGGCCUACCAGGGAGAAGAUGUGAGCAUGGGGAUAUGGAUGGCAGCUGUCGGACCACACAAAUAUCAGGACCCCGGGUGGCUGUGUGAGAAAGAGUGCUACGUGGACAUGCUGUCGUCACCCCAACACACCGCCGAGGAGCUGCACAUCCUCUGGGGCAGGAAGAGGGCCUGUCAGGACCCCUGUGGCUGUCCCUGGGGCCACUAAAUUGGACUUGCAUUCACACUCGCCAGGCGGCGCCGUGGGUAAACUGCACUCGGCGCUGGUUGUCAGUUCAGUUUCUGUCGUGUCCUUUUAACCCCGAGCUGAGUCGUUUCAGUGUUUCAUCUGUUACCAUUUUACGAGAAAACAAUUCUGAGUUUUGAAACUUUUAGAUUUCAUUGCAGAUUCCUAAUAUCCACAAAAUAGUAUUACAUACCAACAUGUUGCAGCUUCAGAGUGUGUAAGAAACUUCACAUGUAGCAUUAAGCAUUUGUAUCGUGAACUCGGUUCUUAUUUUUGAGAUUGAAAAUACCUUCAGUGGAACGAACAAUGUGGACAAAGACUGGAUUUAAAUAUAAUUAAGUGACGCACAAGAACCAUGUGCAAUGCUAUCAUGUGGUCAUGAUGUAAAGAAUCACUGCUGUAAGACGUGAGUACUCUGUAAAAUGAUCAUUAUUGGCACAGCCUUUUAGUUUAAAAGGGAUAUUUGAUGGAAUGACUGCACUUGCGUUGUUAUGUUUUGUAAAUUAUUGUCUUAAGCUUUUCACCUCCUUCCUAUGCUCGUAGAUUCACAACAAGCUUUCUCUCACACACACACACACACACACACACGGUACUGUAACUGUCACUGUGCCGCUUGUCAUCUGGCCUCACUGUAUUUGUUUGGCGUCCUCCUGUGUGUAUGUCAACAUGCGGUUGAAUAAGGCGGUUUGAAAAGCAGCCAGAGCGACUGGACAAGACUCACUUGUUUAGCACUGGUUUUCUGAAACCCUCCUCACGGAUAAUAAAGUACACUUCAGACCGAUGAAUGAA